GCUCUGUUCUCGAUCGUCACUGGGGCAAAAAAAUUGCCCUGAGUCAUGAAGAUUUCGACAUAUUUUCUCUUGAAAAAAUCGGCCCAAGAACGCUGCACUUGCGUCCCAGACCAAAGUUAUAGUGGCUUCGAAGGAAAUUGUUCGUGCAGGAUCUUUGCGAAAAUGUGACUGUCGGCGAGGGUCCCCAAUUGAUUGUCCCCCCCUACCCAAAUGGACCGUUGAACGAUCCUUAUGGACUUGCGGCGAUUCUUCUGGACUACGGUCACUGCCCGUGGGCCGUAUCUGUUAACCCUCCAGAAUCAAUUCGGCGAUUUUGGUGGCACGAUCAAGUUUCCGUGAGAAACACCCCCGUUUCGACUUCUUAUUUAAAGGUGAGGGCAGUAGUAGAGGACUUGGUUCGCUACAGUACCAUUCAACCUGCAGUCAAGGAAGAAGCAUGUCGCCGUGCGGAUCCUCUCAAAGCCAGAACAAGAGAAGACGAGAGCCUGAGUGGAACGAGGACGCGCUUUCAAUGCCUGGUCAACCGUCGCUAAAGAGAGGCAAAAAAUCGCGUGACGGCGCGUCGGAAGACAUCAACACGGACAAGCUAGAGAUCUUAUACCUUCUGGCGACUGUGAAAGGGUUUCGAAAUGCGGACAACAGGAAGAAGGAGGAAAUCAAAGUGCUCAAGCAAAAGAUAUUAGUGUUGACGGAAGAGCUGGAUUCGAAGAUGGAAAUGAUCGAGAACAAUACCGAUAGUUCAUUCAACGCAGACUCCAGCUCGCCCAGUUCUGCCAUCGAGUCCAGCUCUCAGACGCCACCUACCCGACUGGAGAGCUCUCAAAAAACCCAGCCUUUCCUUGUUCUAAGGCCAAGAGGGAGUCAUGGUCCUUGA